AUGACUGCUGUCUAUUAUAUCAAAGUAUAUUUAACAAAAAUCAAUCAACAACAAGAAAUUCGUCGAUUUUGUAUUGACAUUUCACCAGAAAAUGAUGUUUAUAAUGAAUUAACAACAAAAAUCAAAUCAUAUCUAUCGAAUAAUCAAUUACAAGAUUUCAUUCUUCAAUAUAAUGAUGAAGAUAAUGAACGCAUUACAUUUAGUUCAAAUGAUGAACUCCGUUCAGCUAUUACUUUAAAUAAAGAUACAAACACUUUAAAAGUUUUUGUUACAUUCAAUCAAUCAAUUCCUCAAGAACAACACAAUGCAACCAAUAAAGAAUGCCAUGUUGGCGUUGAAUGUGAUGCCUGUAAAGGACCAGUUAUUGGUUGUCGAUAUAAAUGUUGUGUAUGUCCAAACUAUGAUUUAUGUGAAAAAUGUGCACUAGUUGGUAUUCAUUCCGAACAUAAUAUGAUUAAAAUAUCAAAACCAAGCAAUUAUCACAACUUCAAUGAUCAUUAUCAUCAUCAUUUUAAUAAUCAUCAUGAUGGCCAUCAACAUAAUCAUAUGCCGCCCCCACACCCACCAUCUUCACCAUUUGUGUCAAGUCAAGAUUAUCUUCAAAAAAUUCAAGCGCAAAUUCCUCAAUGGUUACCAAAUCGUCAAAAUGCUGCUCAUUUUCGAUCUCAUGUACAACAACACAUCGACUCAUUAAAAGCCAAUAGCCAAACACACAUGAAAAGUUCAAAACAAUAUCUGGAAAAUGUUGGGCAGUAUUUACAAAAAACACUAACACCACUUGGUGUUAAUUGUGAAUAUCAUGUUGAAGAAGAAAAACAAAAGCCAAAUGAACAACAAGAAGAACAAGUCUCAACAACAACAACAACUACUACUCAUUCGGCAGUAAAUUCAGUUGUAACAUCAAAUUCGUCAGAUUCAGAUUCGUCUUCAACUAAUAAUAAUAAUAAUCAAGAAAAUACCGAAAACUCAAUCAUACCACCAGUUGAAGAAUCAACCCAUAUAAGAAAUUCAUUAGAAUACAGCAUCGAUGAUUGUAUGCAAAGAAUGACAGCAAUGGGUUUUAUAGAUGCUAAUGGAGCAUUACGUGAGCUUAUUCGUUCAAAACAAGGUGAUAUUAACUUGGUUCUCGACGCUAUCAAUCCACGUUCUUAUCAAGUUUAG